AUGCUGAGCUGAACAGCUGAUUCUGUGCAUUUAUCCAGUAUGGGCAGCUCCAUUCCGCUAACCUAGCAUCUAUUGCAGUAUAUAAAGGGAAUCAUUUUCACUAACGCUGCAAAGGAAAACGCACCAGCCUCACAAUGGAGCGUGUUCUUCAUUCAUCUGGCCGGACACGGGAAGAGUACCGGUACCAAACGGCACGUCCUUCAUCACAGCUCACCUCAAAGUCUGCCUUCAGCUUUGGGUCCACAGCACCGCUGAGAGGUAAUGCAAUCCUUAGUGAAUUCGCCGCUAAACCGGCAGAAAGCUUCGAUUUUUCAAACAAAUAUGCAGGUGGACAGAAUCUGAGGAAAAUUAGUGAGAAAGAAUUACUGCAGGGGCUCAAUGACCGCUUCGCGGGAUUCAUCGAGAAGGUUCAUCACCUGGAAAACCAAAACAGGGCGCUAGAGAAAGAAAUUGAGGCCAUUAGACAGAGAGCAAACUCCUCUGCCUCUCUGUCCAAAGAGUAUGAAUCAGAAUUUAGUAGUCUGAGGCAGCAAGUUCGUGAGAUAGGCCUUCAAAAGCAUCAAAUUGAGAUAAACCGCCAGAACCUGGAGGAAGAGUUGAACACUUUGAGAGAAAAGUAUGAGAGAGAGGCUCGUGGUCGAGGUGAUGCAGAGGACAGCAUUUCAGUACUAAAGAAUUGCAUCAAUGACGCAUACCUAGCCAAACAAGAGAUGGACAGAAAAGCUAAAGCUCUGGAAGAGGAGAUAAGCUUCUUGAAGAAAAACCAUGAAAGCGAGGUAGCCGAAAUGAUGGCCCAAGUCCAAGAGGGUCAUGUGACAGCAGAAAUAAGUGACUUUAGUAGAAGUGAUGUCACUGCAGCUCUGAGAGACAUCAGGAUGCAACUCGAAGGUCGCACGGACUCUGACAUCCGAGAUGCUGAGGAACGCUUUCGAGCGCAGCUCGCUAAACUGACCAAAGCUGCUGAGGUCAACAGAGAAGCCCUCAUGGCCACUAAAGCAGAGAUUAAUGAACACAGGAGACAGCUCCAGUCCAAGAACAUUGAGCUCGACUCUGUGAAAGGUGUGAGGGAAGCGCUGGAGAGGCAGCUGUAUGACCUCGAGCAACGGCACAAUGCUGAAAUCCAUCACUACCAGGACACAAUCAGAGAGUUGGAGUUUGAGCUGAAAAAUGCCAAAUAUGACACGAGCAGUCAUCUGAGGGAGUACCAGGACCUUCUCAAUGUCAAAAUGGCACUGGAUGCUGAAAUUUAUUCCUACAGAAAACUUCUAGAGGGUGAAGAGUCAAGGUACUCUACAAUCUCAGAUGCUCAUAUUUCAGUACCAUACAUUUACAGACAGUCACCCAUCUAUACUCUCCCUUGUGUCAAAAGGCAGGGGGGAGCAACUCGAAAGGCAGAGCCUCAGUACAAAUUUGUUGAAGAGAUUAUUACAGAGACAACCAGAGAAGAUGUGGAGAUAUCAGACACUGGCUCUGAUAAGAGUGGGGAGGGAAGAGAGGGUGACAAACCAGAUGAGGAGAGCAGUGAGAAAGAUGCACAGGGUGAAACUCCACAAGAGGCGGAAGAUACUGAAGAACCAGCCAUGGAGAACGGCAAUGAAGCCAAUCCUGAGUUAGAGACAGAGGAAACUGAAGUCAAACCAAGUGAUGAAAAAGAAGAUGAGCCAGCUGAUUCUGAGGUACAAAAAGAUGCUGACUCUGAACCAACUCAGGACUAUACAGAACAAGCCACUGAUGAACAAGAUAAAGAUGAGGAAUUAGAUGCAAAAGACACAGCGCACAAAGACCUGAAGAAUGACGUGCAGGGAAAAGUAGAAGAACCUGAAGAGGAAAAUAAACAAGCUGAAGAGACAGAGAAAGAUGUUCCCAAACCAGAUCUGUCAGAAAAGCAAGAAAUGCCAGAGAAAUCAAAAACUGUACCAAAAGACAAACCAUCUCAGGAACCGCAAGAUCCUGAAGCAACAACUGAAGUAAAACCUAAGCCUGGUGGGGAGACUGUUGGGGUAACUUCUCCAAAAACUGAAGAUGCUAAAAUCUCAUCUCAACAAUCUACAACUGCAAAAUCAACAGAGAACGAGAAAGAAUUAGCUCCAGUGCAACCUGUAGAGGAAGAUACUCCUAAACCAGAUAAACAAGCAACUCCCGAACAUACUGUGAGUGGAAAACAUACUACUGAAGAAGACCCUUCUGCAAAAAAAGACAAAUCUGAUACUGUAAAGGAAGAAACUAAGAAAUAUGAGCCUAUGGGAAAAGGCCAAGAGGAUAACAACAAACUAACAGAGAAACCUGUGGGGGAAAAGCAAGAGGCUCAAUCAAGUAAAGACGAAAAGGAACAUAAACCUGAGGAGUCUGUAAAAGAUAGCAACGUUGAACUGGUAGACAACAUGAAAACAGAAAAGGGUGAAAGUAUCAGGGCUAAAGAACAAGAAAAGACACAAACGGAGCUUUCAAAGGAUGCAGAAGAACAAUCGCAACCUGAAAAGUCAAAGAAACAGGAGGACAGCAAAAGCAGUAGUAGUCUAGCAAGUGUGACAAUAGAAAAGGGUGAAACUGGCAAGCUAAAAGAAACAGAAAAGACACAAGAAGACCUUUCCAAAGUUGCUGAAGAAAAAUCACAACCUCAAAAGUCACAGAUACCAGAGGACAAAAAAAGUGACAGUGUAAAAACAGAAAAGGCUGAACAUGCUAAGCCUAAAGAAACAGAAAAGACAAAAGAAGAACUUUCGAAAGUUGCAGAAGAAAGAUCACAACUUGAAAAGUCACAGACACAGGAAGUCCGCAAAAGUGACAGUGUAGACAGCAUCAAAACAGAAAAGGUUGAACAUGCUAAGCCUAAAGAAACAGAAAAGACACAGGAGGACCUCUCCAAAGAUAAGGAAGAAAAAUCACCUGAAAAGUCAAAGAAACAGGAGGAGAGCAAAAGCGAUAGCAGUUCUGAAAGUGCGACAACAAGCGGAGGGGAAGCUAAAGUCACAGAGAAACAGGUUGAUGAAACACUGAGUAAUCAACCCCCCAAAGCUCAGGAAAUAACAUCUGAUGCAAAGCCUGAGCAAAAGGAUAUUAAAAAAAGCAAAGAGGAGAUGCCUGAAAAAACUGUAGAGGUGGAUAGUGUGACAACCAAAGGCAGUGGAACCAGCAAAGAUGUUAAAAGUGAAGAAACUGUCCCAAAAGUCAGCGGUGCACAUGAAGUGAAGGCUGCAAAAUCUGAGACGCCAACCAAAACAGAAGCUAAAGCUCUGUAGUAGACAGAGCAGGUCAAAGAGAGCAGCAAGCAGGACAACGUGGACAUCAAAGGUCCAGAAGAAACAACUAAGCCCUCUAGUGUAAUGUAGAAUAUAAACAGCAGAAAAAAUAAAUGAGAAAAGAGAAUGUUCAAAUAGCCCCCUUGACGAAUCUAAUAUAAAUUACAAUUG